CUGGUCAAACGGCUGGUGAUGCACUGUACCCAACACUGCUGGAAGAAUACUUGAAAGCCUUCCUCCCCUGUGAUGGCUCUUUGCCCCCUGGCCCCCCCAGUCCACCUGUGUCCCCAAGGGGUGUGUUGGCUGCCAGGCCAGGUUGUGCAGGGUCACCGAACCUGUACAUGAGUGGGCUGGCUACCUCCCCCAUCACCCCUCGACCUCUCCACCACCUCGGCCAGUCUCCUCACAAUCUCUCGGAGGCACUGGGAGGGGUUGGAGAGGCGAUGGGUGCAGCAACUCACACCUCUCCACCACAUCUGCACCACCACUCUGCUGCCAUUGCUGCCACCACUGCUGCAGCUUCUCCUCAUGGAGUGAAUCAGCCAAGUUUCAGUGUGUGGACCAGUCAGGUGUUGGUUCAGGUGUUAAUUGAGAUGUGGGUGAACCAGUGUGUGCCACCCGGUGCCACGUCCCGCAACCUGGCAGCACCAAGGCCCAGCCACCACCCUCACCACCUAGCUGCUUCCACAGCUACUGCAUCACAGUAUGCACUGGUACAAGUUGGCGUUGCUGGCAGCGAGGUGUUUGUGCCGUCCAGUGACCAUGUGCGUGUUGUGAGGAUGCUGAUCAAACACCUGCAUUUCUUUGCCAACAGUGGCAAGGCAGCUCAGCCCUCACCCCUCGACUCCCUACGCAAGAACCUGUGGAACUUGUAUCGUAAGAGUCUGUACCAGUUUUUCAUGCAUACAUUCAAGCACUGGCCUCUUGAUUCCUCCUUCCGGCUAUUGCUAGAAACCUGGCUGUCCUACAUCCAGCCCUGGAGGUACUGCGACUACUCACCUUCUGCCAGAAGCCCCACCAGCACCCAGAACCCUGUCAGCACAGCCGAUGGUGAAAGUCGCACAGUAGAAGGAAGGUGGCAGGGAUUUGUGGCAGAGAAUCUUCUCUUUUAUUCUCUCCUUUUCCAUUACCUUCUUCUUCGUCUGUUUCGCUUGGAUCUCUCAGCCCCUAGGAAUGCACAGGUUCUUUUCCGUGUGACAAAGGUUUUCUCACAACCAAACCUGUGCCGAUACAUCCAAGAAAUUGAAUCAGCACUUGAGGAUCCACACCUGAUUCACCGGUCUCUGCUCAGCCCCACCUCUGCUGCACCCACCCUGAACCAGAAAGACUUUGGCCCUGGAAGGGUUGGAGGGGAUGCACGCUCACUGGCGUCACAUGCCCGUAGCCACUGUGUGGAGAUGGAGGGACCUGGCCAUUCCUACAUACCAAUGUUUGCAGCACCAAAUGUAUCCUUGGUUGACUCUCUCAUGAAACAUGUGCGGUCGGCAUAUGAAGCUGUCUUCUCUGAACAACAACAGCAGCAACAACAGCAGCAACAAGCACAGCAGCAGUCCACUUUCUGCAGCAGUGGAGUGGGCCGUAAGGCAAGAUGGUGGAGUAGCUUUGUCCGGUCACUGUUUGAGUCAUCAGUCACAUUAGAGGAAGAGUCCAGUGCUGAAGAUGUAAGGAAAACAGUUGUACACUUGGAAAUGGCUCAGCGGCAUCUGUCUGCCAUGUUUGGAAUUCCCUGCCCUCAUGAAGUGAAUAAUGGCAGUGGCAGUCACUCCCCAAGAAGUCAUCUGGAUGCCUCAUCCCAUCAUCACCUCUACCAUAGUCAGAAUCAACAACUGGACUCCUGUGUUCCAGAGCAUGUGGAAACCUCAGAGGGACCUGUGCUGACAGCACAUGGUCAGCAUCAGCUGCGCUAUGGUCUUCGUCGCCGUGACCUCAAGUAUGAGGGUGACCCAGACUUGCGUCCCAUUGGCAGCAUGGAGGUGGCCUUCCUGGUGCGCUGGCUGUAUGCUUUGUGUCUCAUCCUCAACACCAAGUACAGAGACAAAAUGAUGACAUCCUACCAUCGCCCAAGAUCUGGUUGGUUGGCUGGCACGCUGCAUUCUGCAAGGUCCUGAAACAGUAUUUGAGUAUCAUAAGAACUCCCCUGAUGCUCCUGAUUGCCGGAGAGGGUGCCACUUGCCUCCCAGACUCAGCCUGCGUGCACAAGCAAGCAAGAGGGUUCUUUGUUAUGAGUUGGCAGUGGGAUUUCUGCUACACUUGUUUGGUCUUUGGGGUUUGCUGCUGCAGUUGGUUGUUGGUGCAGCUGUCCUCAUCUCAUUGCCUGCAUAUUUGGUGCAUCGUUACCUGCAGACCCGCCACGCCUCCACCACUCCUAUUACUACCAGUGGUCCUGCUACUGCUACUUAACUAGUCAAUACCAUGCCGUCAUCUCCUGCACUUCGAACAUUUUAAUAAGAAAUUUUGCCUUUUAAUAUGUAGUCAACUGAUGUAAAUAAAAAUGUUUAGUCAAAUAAUACUGAUUAAUCAAAUAAUGGUGGUGACAGUAAGUAAUGUAAUGUAUGUAAUAUGUUGAAGUGGAUUCAUAUUUUGACUUGGAUGUCCCAGUUUCUGGUCAGAGAAUCUUUGGCUUUCAGUACUUUUCUUGGUUGUAUUUUCUAUAUUCAUUGAAUUUUUCAGUAAACACUGUGGGCUAUCUUUUAGCUGUCUUCUGAGAAUUUCACCCAUUAGGUUCCAUCAUAGUUGUGCAAAGCUUAACUUUUUUUUUUAUAUCAGUGUCCUCUGCCACCACUCUCUUAUUUAUAGAGUUGACUCACAUUUUGCAAGACAAGGUUUUCAAUACUUCAUAAGGAUUACUGAUUUGUCUACAUCUAUAUCAGGUUGACAAACAGCUGUAAAGAGAACUAGCCAAGGCAAGGCAUCUGCAUCAGUGUUCAGGAAGAAUUUAAUUCUCACAUCCCUUUAUGCCUUGAUGCUUCUGAAUAAAUAACAUACUGAGAAGGGGUCCUUUGUCCCUCUCCCUUGCUUUGUCACUUUCAGUUGCCUUUCAUGACAAUAUGCUAGAAGCUUGUUUUGUGUAAUUUUAUUUAUAUCUUGCUUUUUGUUUGUUUCUUGCAUUAAUUUAUUGUAUUUAAACUAAAGCCCUGUAUUUAAGAGGACAGCACUGCUGCACACUGCCGCUGUUUUUUUGUGUUAUGAAAAUUUAUUAAAAGGAUUGAAAUGAGGAAACUGAGGGAUGGGGAUUCCUUUCUCUGUAUUUUGCUUCCUACAGUGGCACCAGGCAUCAGUCUCAUCUUGGCCAUCUCUCUUUUAGGGAUGAUGUCAGCCUAGUGUAUGGAUCACUUGUUUUCAUAAAAUCUAACUUAACUUUAGUAGAGGUUGGGGAUUUUGGAUUGGCUAUUUUUCUUGACAUGCAGUAGAAAUAUGAGUAACAUUGUGAGUUAACUAAGUAUUUUUUUAUAUUCAUCAUCUUUGCAUGAAAAGAUCCUUCUUAAUGGGAACAAUUCCACAAACACAUUGAGACAUCACCAUUGUUGUUGUACAGUAUCAGAGGUUCUGUGUUGGCCAGCUCAAUAAUCUGGGGAGCACAGUAAAAUUUUACCAAUGUGAUAUACUUAUUACUGCAUGUAGGUACCUGAAGGUUGAUCAUAUUUUAAGGAAAAAUAUCAGCACAAAACACAAAUGAACAUCAAACAUUCCUGUUGAACCAUAUGCAUGUGGUCUCUCCCAACAGUUUCCCUGUUGGAAACUAUUUCCAUAGUCUCCUGUAAUGGAGAGGUUGAGUCCUGCAGUGGACUGUUGUUCUUGAAUCUGAAGACUUGGCUUUUGAACUCAUACACUUGCUAUGCCAGAUAUUUACUUCAAAAGAUGUUUUAUCUGGUUUGUGUGUCAGAAUGGAAGACAGACCAAUGAAGGACAGAAAGGUAAAUUAUUUUUAAUAUGCAGUAAUUGUAGUUUUGUGAUGCAUUUUGAUACACAAGUCUGUAAUGAUUUUAAAAAUAGAGAUUAUAGUUAGUCAUUCAGUCAGUUUGUAUAUCCCUAGCAUGAUGGCUAUUGACAGGGUUCUACAGGGAAGCACUGAGCAUGUCACAUUCCAACAGUUGUUGCCACAGGAAACCUUUACACAAAGAAUUUAUGGGAGUUAUGGUAAUGCUAUGAUUAUAUCAGCAGUGACUGAUGAUCUAUGGCAGGUUAAACUAAGAUAACUCAGCAUCCUGGAAGCUUUUUUUUACAGCUAGAUUUUUAACAGACAAUUUGUUGAUCUGUAUCUUUGGGAAAAUCAAUGAAUUAUCCUUGCCAGCUGCAAGUGGUCCCUUUGUUGAGGAAUGCAAGAUGGCUAUAGACACAGGGGACUCCACCUUGCCCUGAGAGUGAUGUUUUACAUGAGGGAGGCUUCAGUAAUUAGAGCUUCUCUCAUAUUGAACAGUAAUUGAUAAUGUCAAUGGUAUCAAUGCAGCAGGAAAGAAAAGUUUUAAAAAGGGAAGAUUCCUGUAUUCAUGUGAAUACAGGAGAUUCACAUGAAAGGUUUUGAAAUAAAUAACUGCAUAAAUUGGAAUAGAAGUGAGGUACCAUAGGGGCUGAAAGAAGUUGUACAGUGUAGAGGAGGAAGUGAGGGAAGGGGAAAAGGACAUGCACUCUUACUGGAAAGACAUACAUACAAGCACAUGAGUGGAGAGGGUCAUGGAUAAUAUGGGAGUUGGAAAGAGAAUGAUUAAAUAUGUGUGGGAAGUUUUCCUUACAACAUAGCCAUUGUGUCUGCAGUUUUGGUGAGAAGUGAUCCUUGUAAUAAUUCUGUAAAUAUGUUUAUUUGAGUUUCUUGUGACAAAUUUCCUGUACGAAUCCUGUGUCGUAUAAUUGAAUAAAAGGGAGUGAUAUUA